AUGGAUGAUAUCUCUGAUAGUGACUAUCGUAGAAUACAACUAAAUAGCCCCAGUAAAACCAAAUAUUCAGCCAAUAUAGUGAAAAACCAAAAGUACAACUUGAUAUCAUUCAUUCCUUAUGUUUUAUACGAACAAUUUAAGUUCUUCUUCAACCUAUACUUUCUCUUAGUUGCAUUAUCUCAAUUUAUACCACCUUUGAAGAUUGGUUUCAUAUCAACUUACAUCGCACCACUUGCUUUCGUUUUAUGCGUUACGAUAUCUAAGGAGGCCUACGAUGACUAUUUAAGACAACAGCGUGAUAAAGAAGUCAAUUCAUCACUCUAUUCUGUUAUCAAUCCAAAUCCCUCAGCUAGUUUAGAAUCAGGAGAUACUCAGGCUAUCAAACUGACGCCUUCAUCACGAAUAAAAGUGGGUGACUUACUACUCCUUGAAAAGAACCAGCGCAUUCCUGCAGACUUGGUUUUACUGAGGUGUACAGACUCAACUGGUACUUGUUUCGUAAGAACCGAUCAGCUGGAUGGUGAAACAGAUUGGAAAUUAAGGGUAGCCGUACCAUCAACUCAAUCACUCGAAAGCGAUUCCGACCUACUUCAUGUUAAAGCUGAAUUUCUGGCCGGUCCUCCAAUUAAAGACAUCCACACAUUCAAAGGAUCAGUUCACCAUCACGGCUCUAGUAUUUUCGAACAAGCAUUACCUACGGAACCUUUAUCGGCUGAAAAUUGCUUGUGGGCAAACACAGUCCUCGCUGCUGGAUCUGCUGUUGGCGUUGUUGUAUAUACGGGUAAAGAGACACGCGCGGUUAUGAAUACCAGUAAUCCAAAAAGCAAAGUUGGUUUGUUAGAUUGGGAGAUUAAUAGACUUGCCAAGAUUCUCUGUUUGGUUACUUUCCUUCUAUCCGUUGCUUUGGUCGCUUUAAAUGGUUUCAGAGGUCAAUGGUACAUCUAUAUAUUCCGUUUCUUGAUUCUGUUCUCUUCUAUUAUUCCCAUAAGUUUGCGUGUCAAUUUGGAUAUGGGUAAAACAGCUUAUUCAAAGCAAAUAAUGAAGGAUAAAAAUAUUCCUGGUACCGUAGUUCGUACAUCAACACUUCCAGAGGAGCUUGGUCGUAUUUCAUAUCUUCUUAGUGAUAAGACUGGUACACUGACUCAAAAUGAAAUGAUCAUGCGUAAAUUGCAUAUGGGGACAAUGUCAUUCAGUAAUGAUUCAAUGGAUGAAAUACGCUAUCAGUUAGCAACCUUCUAUGGAGCAGCAGAUGAUGACGAUUCCAAAGCCCCUACGCUUGUCACUGGAGUACAAUUAGCUAGUCGCGGUCGUCGCGAUAUGAGUUCACGUGUUAAAGAUGUCGUGAUGGGUUUGUCUUUAUGUCACAAUGUUACGCCCGUAUCAAAUGAUGACGGCUCAGUCUCCUAUCAAGCCUCCUCACCGGACGAAGUAGCUAUAGUAAAUUGGACUGAGAGUGUUGGAAUGACUCUUGUGCAAAGAGACAGAAAUCAAAUUACAUUGAGAACACCUUCAAACGCCUUGUUAAAAUUUGAAGUACUUCAAUUGUUCCCGUUCACAUCAGAAUCCAAAAGGAUGUCUAUAAUAGUUCGAGAUACGGAAACUGGUGAGAUCACAUUUUACGAGAAGGGUGCGGAUGUUGUCAUGAUUCCUCGAGUUCAACGUCAAGAUUGGUUAGAAGAAGAGACGGGUAAUAUGGCACGCGAGGGUCUUCGUACACUUGUUAUGGCGCAGAGAAUCCUCACUGAAAAUACAUACGCGACGUUUGAAAAGGCUUAUAAUGAAGCCAAGGUUAACUCAAGUAUUGGUAGAUUAGAUGUCACACCUGAAGAGGUUGUAGAUAAAUAUCUCGAGCAUGAUCUUGAAUUAUUAGGUUUGACUGGUGUAGAGGAUAAACUUCAAGAGGAUGUGAAAUCUACGCUCGAGUUACUCAGGAAUGCCGGACUUAAGAUAUGGAUGUUAACGGGUGACAAGAUUGAGACUGCCACAUGUAUUGCGAUAUCGAGUAAACUUGUUUAUCGUAAUCAAUAUAUACAUCAAAUUGCUAAAGCCAAAACAGUUGAAGAAAUGAAAGAUCAUCUUGAUUUCCUCCAAUCUAAACCAGACUCUUGUUUGGUAAUUGAUGGUGAUUCACUUAACCUCUGCUUAAACAAUCUCAAACCAGAAUUCAUCCAGGUGGCCACACAAUUAUCAGUCGUCGUUGCAUGUAGAUGCUCGCCCACACAGAAGGCUGACAUCGCGAAAUUGAUAAGAGCGCAUACAAAGAAGCGUGUGUGCUGUAUAGGUGAUGGUGGUAAUGAUGUUAGUAUGAUUCAAGCGGCAGACGUUGGUGUUGGUAUUGUCGGAAAAGAAGGAAAACAAGCCUCACUCGCUGCUGACUUUUCAGUCAAUCAGUUCUCAUUUUUGACCAGAUUGCUGGUGUGGCAUGGAAGAAAUUCCUAUAAGAGAUCUGCAAAACUUGCUCAGUUCGUCAUCCAUAGAGGUUUGAUUAUUUCAAUCAUUCAAGCAGUUUUUAGUGCCAUAAUGUAUUUCGCUCCAAUUGCAAUCUAUCAAGGCUGGCUUAUGGUUGGUUAUUCAACAAUAUACACAAUGGCACCCGUAUUCUCAUUAGUAUUUGAUCGGGAUGUCAAUGAGGAAUUAGCGUUACUAUAUCCAGAGCUCUAUAAGGAAUUGACAAAAGGACGUUCUUUAUCUUUCAAAACUUUCUUCACCUGGAUGAUGGUAUCAGUCUAUCAAGGUGGUGCUAUUAUGAUAAUGAGCUUGCUUCUAUUCGAAAAUGAGUUUUUGAAUAUUGUUGCUAUAUCAUUCACGUCCCUGAUCGUUAAUGAAUUAAUAAUGGUAGCAUUAGAAAUAACUACAUGGCAUUUAUACAUGGUUAUUGCAGAAAUAGUUACUCUCAUCAUUUACAUUCUUAGUAUGGUACUAUUACCUGAAUAUUUUGACCUUUCAUUUGUUUUCUCUUUACGAUUUGUUUGGAAGGUUGCAGUUAUUGUUGCGGUCUCAUCGCUACCAUUAUAUGUUUACAAAGCGGUUAGAUCGAGGUUUGCACCUGCAAACUACGCCAAAUUGUCAUAUCUCUAG